AAACAGACUUGUAAUAAUUGCAACGGAAAGAGUUCUCUGCGUUUUGCAACAACACUUUAAAGUUUGAAAUGGGUGGUACACACACAAGGAUAGAACAAAAUGAAGAUGCCCUUACACCACCACGUCAGGGACCACAUACCAGAGUGCUGGAGUUUGACCCACGAUCUCCUACAACAGAAAUAGCAAGGACACCAAUUGUAGUAGACAAAACACCAGAGGGUUUGCUAGACCCUAGAUCUCCAACACCAGGAGUUCUCAGGACACCAAUUCCUGAUUAUCAUGGGAAAUUUGAUGAUAUACAAGAGAAAAAUCUGAUGCAUGACCAAAUGGUUGAAGAAGCAUUCGCAGAUGCCAUGGCUGAAAUGGAAGAUCAAGCUAAUGACCAACAACAGCUAUUAUUGGAACACAACACUGAAAAUAUACCUCAGUUUCAGAAAUUAACCAUUAAAGAAGACAAACAGUUAGCUGUAGAUGCUAGUAAACGUUUUUAUCAUGAUAAAGAUGUAACUAUUCUGCCAAAGAAGACAAGAGCACCACAACCUAAACAGCUGUUUUCUAACAAACAUAUCUCGUCUAUAAAUAAAGACAUUACUCGUUCACCAUUGUCUACAAGAAACAUUGACAUGAACUCACCACUCAACAUUGUACAGAAAAAACAAUCAAAGAAAGUGGAAAACGCAAGAUCUUGUAACUUGGAAGCUAUGACAAGAUUCAGAGUCGAAGAGAAAGAGAAUCUGCACUCGUGAUAAGUUAUUAUAUUGGAAAAUCCCUAUAAUAUACAUUUAGUGUGUGAAAGAAAAAGUGUUGAAUAGUCAAUAUUUUCAUUCCUAAAAUCAUAUUUACUUGGCAGUACAUUUUUGUUGAAGUAUUCUCUGUACAAAGGGUUGUCUUUCUUUUCUUGUAUUGAUAUUUAUUCAUUUCAGGGUUUUGUUUAAUCAUGAUAGUAGAAAUAUAAUAUUCUAUUGAAAGUGUUAGUGUAGUAAGUAUAAUUCUUCAUUUAUAUGCCCUUUCUUAGGAUAUAGUAGAGGGGCAUUAUGUUUUCUUGUCUGUGCUUAUCAGGUUUAAUUUUUUGGUGAAAAGAAAUUUGUGUUUACACCAACUUGACACUUCACAUAUUCAUUAUGAAGAGUAAUGAUUAAUAUAUAUAUUCCAAAUUAGGGUUUUGACCUAGAUUUCAUGGUUCAUUGAACAUAGAAAAGUGUUAGUGUGUGCCGGGCAUGGUGCCCUAUAGUAACAUAUAUCAUUCUUGUUUUUUUUUAUAUACAAUGUAUAUAAAUAGAUAGAUUAUUUAUACUUGCACUUAAACCAGUAAUUUCUCUUCCCAGUUGAAUUAAAGUCGUGGUACGAACUGUAAUAAAGUUUUUCCUUCAUCAUGAUAACUUGUAUAUAAUGUACAAACAGCAAGCUGUCAAUAGUAUUUUGUAAAUAUAUUUUGAUAUGGUUGAUGUUAUAAGUAAUUUAAUCCUGACAAUUAGAAUACAAACAAUGGGAUUCUAUCUUAAUUAAUGUACUUUCUUGUUUGAUCGAAAGAAAAUUAAAAUAAAUAUAGAAAAUUAGAAACUGGUACAGUUGGUUGCAGUGAUGUAGAGAGGGAUGGAUAUGUGGGAAUAUUUGUAUUAUGAAGUAAUGAUGACAUUUUUGGUAGACUUUUAUUAUUUUUAAAUGUAAAAUUAUAUUGUGUAUAUGAUUAACAAAAGGCACUUGAAAAAUAAUAGUACUGCUUUGAAUGUGUACAAGCUCUGUAGCUUAUGGGUUUUAUUCAAACAAAAAUAUUGAUCAUAUGGUAUAAGUUAAAUGCUUCAUACAAUGUU